AUGCUAGCAACUUCAACCCGGCCUGCUGUCGCCGGGCCAAAUGGAAAGGCAACAUACCACACUGUAACCGCGCUAAAGAGGUGGUCGUGUGACGAAAAAGAGCUACCUUCUGUAUCUGACGUCAAGGCAAUCCACAUCUACGACUUCGACAAUACGCUCUUCGCAAGUCCUCUGCCGAACAAGCAGCUAUGGAACAGCGCGACCAUAGGCCAGCUGGGAUCACCCGACAUGUUCCUCAACGGAGGCUGGUGGCACGACUCGAGCAUUCUCGCGGCAACGGGCGAAGGCAUCGACAAGGAAGAAGCGCGCGCAUGGCAAGGCUGGUGGAAUGAACAGAUUGUCGAACUCGUCGAAUCCUCCAUGGCCCAGAAGGACGCGCUGAGCGUGCUUCUCACUGGAAGAGGAGAAUCCGACUUCGCUGACCUCGUCAAGCGCAUGGUUCGCAGCAAGCGAUUAGACUUCGACAUGGUCUGCCUGAAGCCCGCGAUAGGCCCUGCAGGUCAGAAGUUCAGAAACACCAUGGAAUUCAAGCAAGAGUUGCUCAAGGACAUUGUUUACACAUACAAGGAUGCAGAGAAGCUGAAUAUAUACGAGGAUCGCGUCAAGCAUACCAAGGGCUUCCGCGACUUCUUCUUCCAGUUCAACGAAGACUUGCUGAGAGCGCAGAACCAGGCGUCGCGCCGGCCCAUCACGACCGAAGUCAUUCAGGUCCCGGAGAAUGCCACACAACUCGACCCCGUCGCCGAAAUCGCCGAAAUCCAGAAGCUAAUCAACGCACACAACAUACAGGUCAAGUCAGGCAACGCCCCGCCCGGCACUCCGCCCUAUCAGAUCAAGAAGACUGUCUUCUACACCGGCUACAUGAUUCCUUCUGACGUAACCGAGAAGUUGACAUCUCUCGUCUCCUUGCCCCAGGGCGCACUGAGAGACGACAUCCGAUAUCUCGCCAACAGCAUACUCAUCACACCGAAACCGUGUCCGAAGAGCAUACUUGACAAGGUCGGCGGUAUUGGAGCAAGGGUCAGGUGGAAGGUGACCGCCAUCUCCUGCUUCGAGAACAAACUCUGGGCUGCGAGAGUUGAAGCUGUGCCUAAAGGGACCAAGUUCUAUUCAGAGAACCCCGUGCCCACGGUAGUCCUGGCUAUUCGUAAAAAUGGUCGGCCAGCAGAUGCUGCACGAAUCGUCAACUGGCAUCCCGUACCCCAGGAUCAGGCAUUCGAGUUUGACAGCGUUGUAGGCGAAAAGCAAAUGUUGCGCAUUGAGGAAGAGACACCGAAUGAAAGCGAGUAUGAGAGCUACUUCCCCAACAAAGCUCAUCGCAGAGAAGACCAAAACGGCCGCCACGACAACCGGCAAAAUCACGGCCGAGGAGGCAGGGACAGAGACGACCGACCAGGUGGUUACCGUGGUGGCAACCGAGAUCGCGGCCGUGGUAAUAACAGGAACCCUUCGUACGGUCAAAGAGGAGGUGCCCGCGGCGGUAACCGGGGUGACCGUGGCGGCGGUGGUGGUGGUGGUCGGGGACGCGGUCGUGGUGGUGGUGGUGGUGGACAGUACAGGAGUCUGGAUGAUGUCGACCACGGCUAUGGAAACCGAAGCCAUGAUAACAAUCCGGAUGCCUUUUACUAA